AUAAUCUGUGUUGAAAUGUCGGUCAAGUCAAAUCGCAAAUAAAGAAUUCGAUUUUCGAUCAAAAUAAAUAUUUCAUGAAAUCUAAUGACUGAAAUGUGCAAGUUUAUAAAUGAAAAUAAUGCUCUAUCGUCUUUUCCGCGGUCGUUUCACAUUCAGGUUUUACAUAGUGUUCACAAUAGUGGUCAUUGUGACGAUAUGUUGCUAUUUUUUUCCGCCGAUCUAUCCCAUAGCCCCUGUGACUGUGCCCCCAAGUCCUCUGCAUCCUCGUUCUUCAAGACAUUUGUCUAAAUUAAUGACGGUAGUGUUCCGCCAGUUUGAGGAUUUUGAAAAUGACAUCGCCGAUAGCGUGCAGUCUUUUGUGUCAGCGUUUCCUAAUAUGCCUGUUGUUGUAGUGUGUGAGAAUACUCCAUAUCCACCGUUCCCGUUUUCUGUAACAAACGAGACUUUGAAGAAUGUUAAAGUAUUGUCAUUGGAGCUGAAGUUGAAUGCUUUGCCACAGGAUUUGAAUCCACUGACACAGAUAUUUACUGAAUAUGUGUUGUUCGUGCCUGAUUCUACGCGAGUGUCGCGGCGUGUGCUGCAGCUGGCGAUGGCUGCAGCGGCGGCUAACCCCUUGCAGGGUGUAGCCGUAGGAGUAGGCAAUGCUCAUCUGAUAUGCCAGCAUGUGCAGUGGAACUACGCGGACUGGACACUGCACUACAGUAAGGAUGCCUCUGGCAAGGUCUGUGAUGCGGUACAUGGACAACAUGCGCUGCUCAUCAAAACUUCUGUCCUGCAGAAAGUUCCACAGCCAUUUGCAUUGCCUUUUCCUGAAUCUCUGUAUCUUCAAACUGCAGUCAAAAAUUUCAAGGUUCAAAUAUCAGAUGGCAAGUUAAGUGCAGGCCGAGGAGUAUUGAAGACUCCAGGAGCAAAGCAAAGAGCCACUCGUCACAUGAGAGACUACCGAGUGGCUCUGUAUAAACAACUGGGCGUGAAGGCUGUCAUCAGAGAAGAUGGGAGAGUCCAGUGGUUUGGCUGUAAGAGGGAGACACAGCGCUGUUUCCCAUCAGUACAAGGCACGCCAUCAUACAUGCUCUCUGGACGCAACACGCCACCAUGUUGUCGGCGCAACAUGCGUCGUGUCGCGGGUCACGUGUUGCGAGCGCUGUUGCAAGCCGGUGCUAGGUGCUGGCUGGAGACCACGUCGUUAUUGGGGGCUGUCGUUAGAGGCGACAUCCUACCAUGGGCGGAAUACGUAGAAAUCGGCAUCCGCGCGUCCGACGUGUCCCGAGUAUCAUGGCUACAGCGAGGAGGCGCCGACGCCGACGGCUUCGUAUGGGAGCGCGCGACUAAAGGCCAUUACUACCGCGUCGCGUACUCUGCGACCAAUAGAGUGUAUGUGCUGAUACUGCCAUUCACUGCGAGAAAUGGCACCAUGUGGCCUGCUGAUUGGGUGCUGGCACAUCAGAGGGAGUUUCCCGAGAGACAUUUGCAUCCUCUCGCUCAGAUCACAUUUGCAGGCCGGCAGGCGCCAGCCCCUAACGACGCUAGAGCGUUCUUAGAUCUGAAACUGGGCGCCAACGCAGUGGAGCGCUGCGACAAACUUGGACCCAAACUAUUAUACCCUUGAAUUUUUGUAUAGUCCUUACUUUCAGCGCACAUUUUUUAUUAUGUUUAACAUAACAGACCACAUAUUAAUUUAUGCCCAAAUGCGAGCGUCUAUAGUCUAUCUGUUGAUGUCGCGUAGCCUAAUACGUCUGUAAAAGCUGUAGACAGGUGUAAAUACCUUAUAUACAGGGUGGCCCAUCCAUAGGCGUAAAAAAGAAAAAUUUAGAAGCUCCAUGCUAUGGGGUAUCCGAAUCACCCCCAUGUAUGUUCAGCGAUUUUUUGUACUUUAGGAGCUAGAAUUAUUUUUAAUAUUUUCCGUAAUUUUCAAUUCAACAUUGUUUUUAUCUUUUUUUUUCCUAACGUUUACAGAUUUUUUUUUGUGUAAUUAAACAUCAUGAUAGUAGCUAACACCUGAAAAAAAGCAGUUUGGCUAAACAUUCUAGAACUUACAUAAAAUUUUAUCUGAAGUUCAAAAUUACUGUUGGAGUUCAGUAGCCAAAAAUGUUAAGGGCUUAAAAAAAAAAUUAUAAGGGGUGCCAGAGGUUUCUAAGCAUUUUUAAAAACUGCUAAGAACCUGUGACAAUAAAUACCAUUCAUAAAAAUCAGACCUUAAUAGUGGUUUUUCUCCUGUUUAAAAAUAGUACAAAAAAUCGCUGAACAUACAUGGGGGUGAUUCGGAUACCCCAUAGCAUAGAGCUUCUAUUUUUUUCUUUUGGACGCCUAUGGAUGGGCCACCCUGUAUAAGUUCUUCUCAUUUCAUGAUCUUUUAAAAAAAUAUUAAACUUCGGCAUCAAAUUUGACCUUAUGACUCCGAUGGCAAGAAAUGAGUCUAAUUUGGAAAGCUUUAUCUUGAUUCUCUAGUAUUUCUUAUAGGAAAGCAGUUUGUUUCCUAUUACGUUAACUCAUGCUUUUAAUUUGAAUAAGUUACCAGUUUCGCAAUAACGUUGUUGUAUUGUAUGUUUGUUGCUUUCUACUUUGAGUGAGUUAUCCGUGUAAGUGCAAUAAUAAAUGAACUAGUCAAUAGAUGUUAUGAAAUUAAAAUAAUAAUUACAAAAAACUAGAUUGUAAUAGUUUUAGUAAGUCAAAGAAUAUAGUUUAAGUUACGCUUUUUGCUUGUUACUUUCAAAAUGAUUAUUGUUUAUGUAAAUACAGAUUGCCAACUAUUAAAUUCGAAUUGAAAGAUUUUUAGAUAUAAUCUCUUCUAAAACAUUAGAUAUAUUUUGAGAUAUCAAUGAACUAGAUCGAAAUGUAACAAAUAAAAGAUAAUAAUGGUAAAUGUAAUACAAAAUAUUAAAAAUUAAAAGGAAUAAGCAUCACAAUAUUUUAUAAUAUGUAAGUGUAAAUUACAAUUGGAAUUUUAUUAAUAUAGAUAAGACAAAAUAUAAAACUGACAAUUAUGUAUUGUUAAAAGAGUGAACGAAUACUAACUUUUAAUAUUCUCGUGAUCCGUAGCCUAGUCCGAUUUGCUUGUUAUAAUGUAAGAAAUGAGAAUUUGGUGACCAGUGUCGAGAUCUCAUAAUGUUCUAGUCUCAUGAUAGUCUAACUUCUGAUAGCACAAAUGGUUUCUACACAAUAGUUCAUGAUCGCCGAAAAAAGAUACAUCAGAAUUCCGCGAAAAGUUGCAAUUUGAUAUCGCGUAAACAUGAAGGAAAUUCGUUUAAUUAUGAUGUUGGUUGCUAUUGUGUACAAACCAUAAUAAAAUUAUAAUGGAAGCAGCCAUUCAAAAUGGUGUUGUUUUGUUUUAAGAGUUUAUCAAAAAUGCAUUUUGAUUACGUGCCUUUAGCUUUCUAGGCACCUUUCACUGUAUUUAAAUAAGUUAAGUACUUAUUAUUUUCAAAGCUUUAUUAGAAUAAUUAUACAAUUAUGAAUAAA